AUGGCUUGCCGUCCUCAGAAGGUUUGCCUUUGCCCAUUCCUACCGGUUCAUCCAUUGAAUGUCUCCACAUGCCUGUACAUAGUUCAGCAUCCAGCAGAGGAGAGUCGAGUGCUGCGGACUGUGCCUCUGCUGGCUGCCUGCCUUCCAGCUGACAAGUGUAAAGUCUUUAUUGGACGGCGUUUUAAUGAGGACAGGCAUCCUGAACUUGCAGCUGUUUGCCAGAGUGUUAGUACAUUAGUCUUGUAUCCUGGACCUGAGGCAAAUAACCUGGAAGAACUUGAACUUGAUCCAUCGCUGUCUCCAUACAAUAUUAUUAUCAUCGAUGGGACAUGGAGCCAGGCCAAAGGCAUGUUUUAUGGAAAUUCCCUCUUCCGUUUGCCAAAGCAAGUUCAACUCAAAACCAGUUUAUCAAGCCAGUACAUCAUUCGAACUCAGCCAAACAAUACAUGUCUCUCUACACUGGAGUGUGCAGCCUUUGCACUCUCCAUUGUGGAAAAGGACCAUUGCAUUCAUGAGGUUAUACUACGUCCUCUUCAGGCAUUGUGCUCAUUCCAGCUUCAACAUGGAGCUCAAGUCCAUCACAGUAAGGAACAUCUGAUUAAGAAUGGAUUGUAUGCAAAACCAAUGCCAAAGAAUAAACGUAAACUUAAUAGAAUGGAACGUUUAGUAAAAGAAUAGGAGAUGAGUAUAAUUUUAGUAUGAUAUUAUUUUUCGGAGCGGAGAUUCUCUGACUCCUCAUGGUCUUCUAUCUCUGAAUCUCUGGAUUUUCAUUUCAACUGGACAUCAGUUUCCUAAAGUUUAAUUCCUAGCUGGCUUCUAUUUCUAUUAUCAGUCCUAACAAAUUCACUAGGAACAAAUUUCCUCAGAGCUUUUUCUGUUGUACUUCUAUAAUUUAGGUGCAAAAGUUCAUCAGAAAUCUUAUUUACAUAUUUAGUGGGUUUUCUUCUGAAACUGGGUCAUUGUUAUGGUGCUGCAGUUGGAAGAAAUUCCAGCUCCUCAAUUUUUAGGAAAUUAUUUUGUCUUUUAACAGUGUUCUGCAAUCUUCAGGAACUUAAUGACAGAUCAAUGUAUUAAUGCGGCAUUUUUCUUUAGCCUUGCUGGAAGUUUCCAUGGAAAUAGAUGAUCUUACUCAGGUUUCAUCACAGUCACUGAUUUUAGUCUGGACUACCAAGCCUAUCCUGAAGUUGCCAGAUGGGGCAGUAUCAGCAUCUUCAGAAUUUUCUCCAUUGUUGGAGCUAGUUCUAGGAAUGUAUUUCAACUUUUUCCACUGCCUCUCCCCACCACACCACUCCAAUUCGCUCCCGGCAGGUGCCCUCUACAUAAUUAGAUACUUUAGGAAGGUGAAGAGUGGAAAUCUUGGAUGUACUCCAGAGCACACAUGCUCUUGAAAUGGUUCCAUGCACUUCCAGAGUAUAUAAUGUUGUAUUAGUUACAUUUGCCUUCCUAAUGCAUUGCUCUGUAAUUGAGUUCAUUAUGUAGUUGUGACGUUAGGUGUUUAAAAUGAUCUCCUGAUUCAGAACUCAGUUGUAUUAAUUACAAUUAAAAGUAAAGGUAUAUGGCAUGAACAUUCAAAAGGGUAGUUCUGAGGGUGUUACUUCACUCAAUCCUGCGGAGGUCUAGGGUACCAUGUCUGAUUGAAACUGCAAUAGCUCAAUAUUUAGAACAAAGUCGGAAAGGAAAAUGAAGAAGAGCCUUAUGUGGGAAACCUGUAGCUGGAGAAGACACUUUUUUGCCUGAUCUGAUGUAAGUGGGAAAAUGUGAGAUGACAAUUUAUAUUAGAUGGAGAACUUGAAUCCGCUCCUGCAAUUCUUAAUGAGACUUUGAUGUAAGUUUUGAGACUUGUUUGAACAGAGAGUUGAGGUAAAAAAGAAUCCAGUAAAACAAAACAUAUGUACAUCUACACCACUGCCUUUUGUUGAAUUCCUUAAGUUUUAACUGUGUGUGGCAACGUCCUGUAUUAAGUUGACAAUCAUUUUCAAUGCACUGGAGCAGAAAAAAACUGCUAGAGAAACUCAGUGGAACAAGCAGCAUCUAUGGAGGCAAAGGGAUGGUCCCAAUGCACUGUUAAGUUAGUGCAGUGUUUAAAAGGUCUGCAGUGAAAAUGGACACUGGCAGAGCCUUCAGCAUCCAGAAACAAACUCAAGUAAUUAUUUGACCACAAAUAAAAUAAUUGUGGGAUUAUGUGUAAUGCAAGCUGAGUUUGCAGCUUCAGUUACCAUGUGUUUCGUCGCUGAUACCAAGCGUGCUGUGAGAUAUUUCAAAACCAGUCCAGCACAAGGAAAAGUAUGAUAUUUAGUCGCCCAAGCUGGUCACUUAGCAACUGCCCAGAGAGCUAAUGUGGGGAGCAGUCUGAGAUGAGAAGCUCAUACUGUGAAUCAAGCAAACUGCAAAACAUGGGGACUCUUGCAGAGAAUAAAUUACAAAUGCCUGGUUACCAUUUGUUCAUUUAACCAUCACACCUGUAUAUGAUUGUUUUUCUUUAAAUAUCAUCUCUACUUAUAGGUUGGUUUACUUUAAAAGAUAUGUCUGAUGAAAAUGGAAUUUCCAGAUUUCUUUACAUUAAUCUUUUAUCUAGUAACGAAUGCAGAGACAAAUUUACUAUGAAGUACCACUUUUGUAUUUGUUUUGAAUAAAAUGUUG